UUGGUGGCAGUAAACAAUAACAAAGUAAUAAGUAUGACCAAAAUUCUGGUUUUGUGGUACCAAAUAUAACGGCAUAUUUUUCCUCAAUCGUGCUCAAGUCAUUAUAGCAUCAGUAUCAAACUUGAUUUGGUGGCGUGUAAACAACGUUGUGUUAUCUUUAUUUAGGACAAUAUCUUUAUUUCAAUACAAUUAUAUUUCAUGAAGAUGUUGAUCCUACCUUCUAUUCUCCUUCUGACUGCGGCCGUACCAGGUCUGAUGCUACCAACACCAUCUGAUGACAUACCGGUGCCACAUCUCAAGGUUUUGACAACCUUGAACACUGGCUUUACGAUAGAAUGGGAUCCAAUAGACACGACGAAUGUGAAAGAUCCGAUCAUUGGAAUAAAGGUCAAAACGUGGAAAACGCCGUGCAUUAUAAAAAAACGUUACCAUCUUUCAGACAACGGAGCAUCAAUGAUUGUUGAAUCUGUCCGUCUGAGCUACAACAGAACUACAAUUCCGGAUAUUUUGCCCGAGUAUGUGAGCAUCGUGAAGCCAGAUGAACUGACAGCAACGGUACCUCACAUUGAGCGGGAGCAGUGGUACCAUAUCCGCGCGCUGGCUUUCACCGCCACAGAUGAAGGAAAACAUUCAGACGCAUAUGACUUUAAGCUGGGCUCCGAUGAUGAAAAAGACAAGGAAAAAGCUUGCGAAAGAAUAAUAUCUGAGACGCCGUGUAAACAUAGUUAUGCCUUGAUAAACCCACGGUCACCGGACACAUGUUAGACUUAAAAUAUUCAAAUAAUAUAUAUUCCUGAUUAUUUUUAAACUGUAAUUUAUAAAAAUCUAUUGCCCUUGGCCAUUGCCAUUCAUGCUAUUCAUUUUUUCUGAGCGAAAUUCUUAUAUGGGGCUUAUAGAAAACUAAGCUGGCAAAAAUCGUCACGUAACGAAAAGGCGUCAAAAAAGUACCAGGGUAACAGAGUAUUAAGAAGUACAAGGUGUUUUAAGAAAUAAAGCUACUAUGAAACUACCUUUAGUUUAUAUAUCAUGUUUUCUGUGUAAGAACUGGGUUUACGAGGCAUUUUUUUGCAACUUUUAUCAUUAUUUACAGAUAUUAAUUUACUACUUUAUUUACAUUUACAUAUACUUUGGUAUUUUAUAUUUAUUUUGAAUAAAAACUUCUUUUCUGACGAGGGCACCCCAACCGCAUAAUUGUUUUUAUAAAGAGGAUUCUACGGCAUGAAAAAUUAAUAAAAUUGCGCAAAAGUAUUUUUUGGAUGUUAAUAAUCAAUCACAAAAUCAACACCUUGAAAUAAAAUACACAAUAGUUGAUGAUAAUUAUUAUUAUUGUCUGCUAUGCAAGCUUAAGGCUACUUUUAGAAUAUUCCCACAGAAAAUCUACCCAAAUGAAAACGCCGGGCAUAGCUACUCGUAGUAGAAAAAUAAAAACACCUAUUGAAUGUAUGUCAGAAUAUUAUGUUUGGGUUUUUACUACUCAGAAUUACGACAUGUUUUUUCCUCAUCUUACCGUAGAGGUAUACACUUGAUAGAUAAUCAUUGCAUGGCUAACUCGUAUCAUUCUUAUGUCAGUUUUAGUCUAGUGUAACUUGAAACAACAUUGUGUUUAGGAGCAUAUAAUCAAAUUGUAUCCAAUAAGUAAGUAUUUUUUAAAUAAACUAAUUCUUAUUUGGA